GGCCCCCUGCCCAGCGAGGAGCUCCCGUCGAGGGCCAAAGAGUUCGCCUUUUACCCGGGUUUUGCCAGCUCCUACCAGACGGUCCCCGGCUAUUUGGACAUGUCCGUGGUGCCGGCUCUCGGGGGCCACCCGGAACCGAGGCACGACGCUUUGCUUCCCAUGGAAGGCUACCAGCACUGGGCUCUUUCCAAUGGCUGGGACGGGCAAAUGUACUGCUCCAAAGAGCAAUCGCAGUCGGCACAUCUCUGGAAAUCACCUUUCCCAGACGUGGUCCCCCUGCAACCCGAAGUGAGCAGCUAUCGGAGGGGACGGAAGAAAAGGGUCCCUUACACGAAAAUCCAACUGAAAGAGUUGGAGAAAGAGUACGCGGCCAGCAAAUUCAUCACCAAAGAGAAGCGAAGGAGGAUUUCGGCCACCACCAACCUGUCCGAGCGCCAAGUGACCAUCUGGUUCCAGAACCGGAGGGUUAAGGAGAAGAAAGUAGUGAGCAAAUCCAAGACAGCGCACCUCCACACAACCUGA